AUUAAUGUGAAAACAGAAAAAUAGAGAGAUGCAUUACCUUUGGAGUUAGAGAACUCCUAAAUGGAUCAAGAUGUCGACCUCCUGUACUAAACGUAGAUUCCGAAGCAACGGUUGAUAAUGGAAUGGCUAGUAUAUCACGUGCCAUGCGAGAAACAAUAGGAAAACGAUGCCGAUUAUUUCUCCACCAAGAUAAUGCAUCCACAUCUUCGUCCUCCCCUAAUUGCUCAUUCAAAUACCUAUCAAAUUCACUAAUGACAAACCCACUGGUUCCCUUCCACAAGCUUUUUGCCUGGAGGCAGCCCUUUCUGCAAAUCAGCAAGAUUGGUUUUACUUGCUGCAUCAGACAAUGUCGAGCUAUGCUGUUCAGAUGAAUACACCCGUCUUCUGGAGAUGAUGACCAAUGGGAUAUUCAAGAGCCCAGUUCACAGAGUUUUGAGCAGUUCACAAAGGGACAGAAUAUCUGUUGCUAUGUUUUAUGUACCUGAAAUAGGGAAAGAGAUUGGACCAGAAGAGGGGUUAUUACUUGAUGGUGAAAAACAAAGAGUUUACAAGAAAGUGAAAGAUUAUGGAGAUCUUUAUUUGGAAAACUACGUACCGAAGUGGGAAGGGCAUAAGACCAUUGUUGCACAUAGCACAUGUCUAGAUGCUGCUAAUAAGUUCUAUCAAUAUGCAUCCAUAGUUGUGUGCUAAUAAAAUUGAUAAGGCCUCCUAAUAAUGAUUUAGUUUUCUCAUAUCAUAUCAUACAAUGUCCAACUUUGUCUCACAUUAUUUGGAGCCCCCACGUUAAUAUCCAUUUAAUACAUACUCUUAUCUCUCCG